AUGGAAUCAUUGAUUUUCUCAAAGAAAACGACAAACACAUGGGUGAUUCUACAGAAGAAAUCAAAAAAACCUCAAACAGAAAUAAAAACAUUACAAAAUCAAAUACAAAAUGUUUCCAAAGAAACUACAGUCACUCGAACUAAUGAAUCUCACAACUAUUCUGAAGAAUUUUUAACCAGAAUCUCAUUACUUAAGAAAAUUAAUGAUUUUGAAAUUGUUUACGAAUUCUUUGAAGAACUUUCUUCUGAAGAUAAUCACGAAAUGAUUUCAAAGGCUUGUGAAGAAGGUCUUUGGUUAAAAAAGACAAAAUUGGAUGUAAUGAAUGUACUUCAUGUUGCAAGUGAAAAAAGAAAUCUUAAACUUGUCAAAUCACUCAUUGAAUGUGGCUGUGAUAAAGAAACAAAGAAUGAAUAUGGAUGGACUCCACUCAUUUAUGCAUCAUAUUAUAGUCAUCUUGAAGUUGUCAAAUAUCUUAUCUCAGUUGGAGCUGAUAAAGAAGCAAAGUUUGGUAAUGGAAAUAAUCCACUCAUUUGGGCAUCAAGAAAAGGUCAUCUUGAAGUUGUCAAAUAUCUUAUCUCAGUUGGAGCUGAUAAAUAUGCAUGGGAUAAUGAUGUAAAAACAGCACUCUCAUAUGCAAAUAGUAAUGUCAGAGAUUAUCUAAAUUCUAUUGGAGCCAAGUAA